AUGGCAAAGUUUACCGUGCUUGAUCAAGCUGAAGAAGACAAACUCCAUGCCACACGCCUUCUAGGCAUCGAAGAACGACCCUUCAAACGUCUGACCAAGCGACUCCUUGUACCCUCGACGCCGAUCCAUGCCUUCCUCUCACGACCAAGUCCAUCCGAUGAGACCAGCACAGAUACCGACACGGACGCGGCGGAGCAACAAGACGAGCAAUUUCUCAAGGACGUGCACCGGUUUCGCGAAGAUGUGAUUCUGGACUUCGCCGCGUUCGAGAGCAGCAUCGCACGCAUCCAGUUCCUCCGCGCGGCCAACGAACGAGAACGGGAACGGUACGCAGCCGAAAAGCUGAAAAUCGAAGCCACCGCCGACGAGGUGCGACAGAACACCGCCAGCCUGCGCGUGCAGCUGGACGAGGCACAGAGAACGUUGGCGAUCCGCAAGACCUAUGAUGUGCUGGCGGACAAAAUCACCAAGAACCCGGCGCUGAAGCCGCGUGACGAGCAACACGUCAAUAUCGAAAAGCUGAAGGCCGAAAUCGAGGAACUGGAACGCGAGGCACAGGAGCAUACGCAGGCAUGGGCGGAGCGGCGCGACCAGUUUGCCAGAGUUGUGCAAGAGGGAGCAAAGCUGAGGAGAGUGAUCCGCGACGAGAAGGAGCCGGAGAAAGACGAGGAGAAUGAACACGGGCAUGAAACUGCGGACCACGAUGAGGAUCAGAUGCUGGAUGUCGGUCGUGGUAGAGAUGGCAUCUCCAAUGCUGGCACGCCUCGACCGACCGACGAUGCGCCAACGCCGUUAGUCCCCUUACGCGGGAGCGGUGCUGGGAGUCCCAGGUCGACACUGCCCGAAGCAGGAGGUGCGACUCCUCUCCUUGAGAAGGAUGAGGAUGUCAAUAUGGACGAGGAGCCUGGUACUGCUGAUCCUGCUGCCGCGGGGAAUGGGGGCGGGAUUAUAGCGGGGAUCGCGGUCGACAAGGCUGGCGACGGCAUGGACACGAACUGA